AUGGCUCCUCGAAAGGGAAGCAAGGACAGUGCCAAUGCGAAAGACCCCCUUCUCAAAAAGGAAGCAGACAAGACAAAAGGGAAAAAGGCAAAAGAUGGCGCGAAUGGAGGCUCGCCUCAAAAGAGGACUCUUAAUCCAGUCUUUCUAGCGAUGAUUGGGAAUUUCCUUAGUGCAUAUGGGUUCCAUGAAACCAAAGCCGUAUUUGACACCGAAGUCACUAGAGUAGGAGUCGCUGGGAAAAGUAAAUCCAAAUCCAAAUCCCAGCCGAAGGAAACGGUUGAAGGAGCCUCGAGCCCUCCUUGUGUACUUGACCUGUUUGAAUCUUGGGAUCAACAAGGUCAGCUAAUGAAGUCACAUAAACUUGAUGAGAAGAGAAGAUCGGAACAAAAUGCCGAUGGCGGGAAUAAGAGUAGUGAGAAUAUAGCUACAUCCGAUGAUUCUAGCGAUUCCGAUGCUUCCGCCUCUGAUGAUUCGAGCAUCUCGAGUAGCUCUUCCAGCAGUUCUAGCUCUUCCAGCUCCUCUUCCAGCUCAGCAUCUGCCGACAGCUCUGACUCUUCCAGCUCCUCUUCCGACUCCUCCUCCGGCCCGUCUGGGAGUGAUGACAGCUCAGACAACCAAAGCGCCCGGAAUUUGAACGGCAAAAAGAAAAGUUCAGGCCAACUACUGAAGCGAAAAUAUGAGUCUUCCUCGGAUCCUUCUUCCUCGGAUUCGGAGUCUGACUCUCCUUCGGCGAAGCGACCUAGGUUAGACAAGGACAAACUUAACAAAUCAAUUAAAUCAGCAUCGUCCCCUAAAUCUGAGUCGUCCGAUUCUGAUUCUGGCUCCUCGACAACUUCAUCUUCGAAUUCCUCACAAUCGGAGAAAUCUAAGUCGGCUAAAGCAAAGAAGCCUGCGAAAGUGAAAGAUGUUGACUCUGGCAGCGACAGCGAUAGCGAAUCUAGUGAUUCAUCCUCUGCCUCCUCAUCUUCUUCAUCCUCUGACGAGUCUGACUCCGAUUCUUCAAAGGACGAAAAACCAGCUUCUGCUAUCGAUAAUCGGGAAUCGUCCGCAGGUUCCAGUACAACCUUGCAUGACGCUUCAUCUAGCUCCCCCGAUGCUCUCAACACGGGCAAUGGGAAAUCUGACAACCCAACUGACAGCACCGCUCUCACAAGAUCUAACUCAACUUCUAAUGACUCUGCCCUACGCUAUAGAGGCGCUAAGCCUACUCCUCUAGCAAUUGCUAGCGAACAAUGGCUCAAUCACCCAUCCAACGAAUACGUGCCUUACGCAUAUGCGGAUCGCGCCCACAAGGAUCUCUCUGUAACCCGCGGCAAAGGUUUCACGAAGGAAAAAAACAAAAAGAAACGUGGCUCAUACCGCGGGGGCCCUAUCGAUAUCGGACCCGGCAAGGGGUUUAAGUUUGAAGACUAA